AUGGCCUUCCCCGUGGAUUUGCUGAAUAACUGCAGUCAUGAGGAAUUAGAAAGUUCUGCUGAAGAUUACAUGUCAGAUUUAAGGUGUGGAGACCCUGAAAAUCCAGAAUAUUUUUCUUUUCUCAAUCUUACGAUUCCCAUUAGCCUCUCAAGUGUAGGCUUUGUACCUCUUUAUGGUGGAGAUCAGACUCAGAAAAUUCUUGCUCUUUUUGCACCCGAGGAUUCACUUACAGCUGUGGCACUUUACCUUGCUGAUCAGUGGUGGGCCAUUGAUGAUAUUGUGAAAACAUCUGUUCCUUCAAGAGAGGGACUUAAGCAGGUGAGCACUCUUGGGGAAAGAGUGGUUCUGUAUGUUCUGAAUCGAAUUAUUUAUAGAAAACAAGAAAUGGAGAGAAAUGAGAUCCCGUUCCUGUGUCACAGCAGUACUGAUUAUGCUAAGAUUCUGUGGAAGAAAGGAGAGGCUAUUGGGUUUUAUUCAGUUAAACCUACAGGAAGCUUAUGUACCUCAUAUCUUACCCAAAGUUACCAACUGCCAGUUCUUGAUACAAUGUUUAUAAGAAAGAAACACAGAGGCAAAGACUGUGGGCUUCUUAUGCUGGAGGAUUUUGUUGAUUCCUUUACAGAUGAUGCGCUUGGAUUGCGCUAUCCAUUGUCUUCUCUAAUGUACACAGCUUCCAAGCAGUAUGUUGAAAAGUAUCCAGGAGACCAUGAACUACUUUGGGAAGUUGAAGGUGUUGGACACUGGUACCAGCGAAUACCAGUCACCAGAGCAUUACAGAGAGAGACUCUUAAAAUGACAGCAGUUUUGCAACAUGAAGCCAAGAGAGCUCUGUCCGGGGAAUGUGGUCUUGCAGCAGAUCCAGAAUAUGAACCGGGUGCUGAAGACAGUCAGUCUAGUGAGAUGCAGCUAACUAUUGAUUCUCUAAAAGAUGCCUUUGCAAGCACUUCUGAAGGCCAUGAUAAAACACCUGUUUCUACUCGUACUAGAAGUGGUCAUCUAAAGCGGCCAAAGAUAGGAAAGCGGUUUCAAGAUGCUGAAUUUAGUAGUUCUCAAGGUGAAGAUGAGAAAACUGUCCAGACUUUACCUACAGCUUCAAUAAACAAAUUGGAGUCUACUGCACACACUUCAGAGAGCUCAGAAGAAUUCCUGGAAGAACCUGAGCAACGAGUGACAGAAUUUGAUGACGAAAUCAGUGACAAAGAUGCACGGCCUGCACUAGAAAACCAAACAGGCCUGGAGAAACAAGAUGGUGUGAAGGACCCUGAUUUAGAGCCUAUGAAUGGUGAGAUAGUGGAUGAUAAUCUUAAGACAUCACUUACAACUGAAGAGGAAGACUCUACUAGUGAAGGUGUAGAAGAAGAAGUAAAAGUACAGUCUUUUCAUUCUGGUGAAGAUGCUACAAAUCUUGUUCCAUUAGUAGCAGAAUCUUCAAAGCCUGCUGAGGCUGCUGCACUGGAUAAGACCCGACAUAUAACUGACUCAGAAAUUUUGAUGGAUCAAGGCCCAUCUGAUGACAAGGGGCACACUGAAGAGAAACUGUCCCUAGUUUCAAAAAAGAAAGCACAUUUGGGGAGUUCAGACAAUGUUGCUACUAUCUCAAAUGAAGAACGAUCUGAUAGUGGUUUUCCAAACUCUGUGGUAACAGAAUUUUCUGAAGAACCAGUCUCUGAGAAUUUAUCACCCCACACUGCUUCCUCGUUGGAAGACCAGGGUGAGGAGGUUGCACCUGAGCCCCAGGAAAUGUCUACCACUCUUCCUCAGAGUUCUCUAAUAGAGGUAGAACUUGAGGAUGUGCCAUUUUCUCAGAAUGCAGGACAGAAGAACCAAUCAGAGGAGCAGUCUGAAGCAUCUUCUGAACAACUGGAUCAGUUCACACAGUCAGCAGAAAAAGCUGUAGAUAGCAGCUCCGAGGAGAUAGAAGUGGAAGUGCCUGUGGUAGACAGGCGGAAUUUAAGAAGAAAGGCCAAAGGACACAAAGGACCUGCCAAGAAGAAAGCCAAGCUGACCUGAAUGAAGAAAUACGUAUGAUGAAUCCUCUUCUUUGUGACAUAAUAGUUGUUUUUAAAACAUGGUAAUAAACAGCAUGGGGCACAGGACAAAAAUUUCCAAAAUUUCAAUUUGAACUUAUUUACAGUGCAGUUUUUCUCUUCCCUUUAGGAACUAGGAUUCACCAGUUUUUAAUUUUGCAGGCUAUUUUGUGUAUAUAACAAUUUCUUAUUUUUAUUAACCAUGUUUCAAUUUUGGGAAUCCAGAUCAUACUAUAUUUUUCUUUAGCAAGUGGGACAUCUGACCAUUAAUAUUAAAAAAUAAAAAGUUGUGAAAGUAGUAGGCUUUUUGUUUCUUGUAAGGAUUAUAAAAUCUUUUAUAUUAAGGGUUUUAAUAGUAAAACAUGGUGAGAGUUCUAGAAGUUUUAUCUUAGAUAUCAAAACUCAUUUUUUAAAAUGUAGGCAUGCCUAAAAAAACAAGCAUCAGUAAAUUAGAAUACAUAGAACCUCAACUACAUGACAGCACAAAAAUUUAUGGUCAGAGAUUUUUGAAGCCAAUGUUUUGGUUUUCAGCUUCCUACUUGUACAGUUUCUUUCCACUUCAGUGUCUGUGGAUUGAUAUAUAUAAGAUUUACUUCUUAACCCUUUAUGAUCUGAUAUUAACAAGACUGCUGGGGUAACUGGUACGUGGGCACAAUAUUUAAAUUCCAUAUGAAGUAUUAGUUUCCUGUAAUUUUUUUGUCUGCAUAUCUGCAGAUGCUUACAAGCUUACAAAGUGUACUUCUACUUUUAAUCUGGUAAAUAUUCCAACUAAGGGAAUUUAGGGAUACCAUUUAUCUUGACUAUCAAUCCUGCUCACAGAUAAAUUAAGCUAGAGUAUACUUUUGAUCCUACCUAGUUAAUACCUGUACUUAAGAAAUGUGCAGUUUUCUCCUAAUCCUCCUUCUGACCUAAUUCUGUAGUCUUAUUUUCUCCUCAGUUUUCAUCUGUCCCUCUAACUCAUGGAGUGAUUCUCAGGUUAGAAGGUCUGCCUGCCUUCCUGCCUCCCAGUUUGUGCCCUUGUAUCCAUAUUUUGGGUAGGUAUAGAACUAUGUCCCACAAUCUUAAACCUAAAAUGGUAGGGGUAAAUCGGCCCUAGAAGUUGUAGUUACAAAACUUCAAUGAAUUGGGGGAAAUUCAGCUAUCCCUUUGGUCUUGUAGCUCUAGAUUUGUUCUGAAAGUUCUGGUUGCAAGCUAGCUUAUUGUGUGUACUUUGUGUUGCCAUAGCAAAAGCAUUUAUUGGCUUAGGGAAAUCUGGAGGGGAAACAUCCCAUUCCUCAACUGUUUUUGCUAUAUGGUAAUUUAUUUUUAAAUGUACAAAAUAGUUAUUUGAGAACUCAAAGAGAAUUUCAAAAGUAAUUUUUUAAAAUAAUACGUGUACUUCAAUUUGUACUUGGCUGGAGAAUGUUUUCAAACCACUCAGAUUUUUGAACUAGCCUAUUCUUGAAUCAUGUGUGAAUAAGUUACAAUUGAGCACUGGUGGUUCAUGCCUG